AUGGCCCCAGUUAGAUCCAGUAACCUUGAACGCGGCAAGUGGAGAAGUAAGUGCCGUGAAGAAUUAUCAAAGCACAUUCGAGAUAGAGUUGGAAUCUCAAUUGAACCAUCACAAGUUCGCCUGAUAACUGGGACUGAUGAUCCUUAUGAGUGGAAAGUUCUGCCAGAGAAAAGGCACCUCUUCUCUAAAAAAAUAAGCGACCAUUCGAUCGGGGCAUAUAAGGAACUAUGUGAAGGAAUUGGUAUUACGUUUGAGGCUGUGUCCGCAAGUGUAGCAACAGGGAUGGGCUCAAUCGGCAAUAUCCAGGAGUUUCUCGUCUCGACAGAGCCUACACAAGUGGGCCUUAGUGCAAGGAUUGAUGAAUUGCAUGGAGAAAACAUGACGCUUAAACGAGAGCUAGAGGAAUGGAGGGUUCAGGCUACAGCAGAAUCCGAACUUCGACAACAGUUUGAGCAAGAAGUGAAAAAUCUCACAGUUGCGAAUCAGAUCCUCCAUCAGGAUUUACAAAAGAGCACAAUGGUAGCAGAGUCUUUCAGAAGGGACAUAAACAAAUACAUUCACAUAGUAAAUGGGGUGAUGCCGCUGAUGGACGAGUUGAACACUGGAUUGACAGGAAAUGGGGGCUCUGGUGAAGUGGAGCCUUUCCUAUGCCCUGUCGUUGAAAGUCGUAAUUGA